AUGAAUGAUACUCUAUGUUCAAAAUUUGAUUUUAUGAGGAAACAUUUACCCGAUAAAUUAGGCGAAGAUUCAAUACUCGAUUUUUAUCAAAUUGAGAAUAUCAAGAAAUAUUGCCCUGAUGAAAACUGCGAUACUGAUUUCGAUAAAAAUACGGCUGGAUUUUUAUGGUUACUUGGAGAAUGUUAUUCUACAGUAAUAGAUAAAAGUUAUAAAGAAAAUAAUACUAAUGUAUUUUUUUUAUAUAUGAUUUCAUGGUUUAGUUACAAAUUGAAUCAAAUAACAGGGAACAAAUUCACUAAAAUAAAUGAUUUGUAUACUAAUUAUGUAAAAAAUAGUGGUAAAUAUGAAGCAUUUAUAACUGAUGCAUAUAGAAUUGGAGAUCUUAAGGGAUUCAUGGAUGAACGAAAUGAUUUGCUGAAUAUUAACAUUGAAGAUCUGUCUAAAUUUUAUGAUGCAUUUAAUUUAUUAUGUAUUAUGUAUGGUAGGGUUGCACAGAAUAAAAAAGAUGACAAACUGUUAAAUGAUGCGAAAGAUUUUGUCAAAAAAUAUCAAGAACUUAAUAGAUAUUCUAAUAAUACUGAUGUCAGUUCAUAUAGACAAAUAUUGUCUAGUUUAUCAACUAAUUAUGAUGAUUUAAAAAUUAAAUGUAAAAAUGAUCAAACGCUUCCAGAGAUACCAGCAAGCAUUUAUGCACUAACAUCUGAAGACACAUCAAGUUCAUCGAUAGGAAACAAAUUAUUUACAGUUUUAUCGAUAUUUGGUGCAAUAGCAUUUUUUUUAGGAAUUUCUUACAAGUAUUCGUUAUUUGGAUUUCGGAAACGAGCUCAAAAACAAUAUUUAAGAGAAAAAAUAAAAAAUAUAAAGAAGAAAAUGAAUCAUUAA